AUGUAUGCUGGUAUGCUUAUUUAUAGAGAAUCAUACAAAAAUAAUAUUGCAGAAAUUUGCUCUAAAACUGGUGUAGCGGAAAAAACUGUGAAGUCUCAAGUUUACACCAUUUACACCAUGAUUAAUGCUUCUUUACCUAAGGUUUCAGAAUCAAAUCUGGAUAAGAAGACCCAAAGAGCCGGAAAUGUUUGUAAGCAAUUUGGAAAUAUUAUCGAUCCUGCAACCAAAAAGGAAGUUAUGGGAUCGGUAUCGAUAAAGUUUAUGGAAUUUCGUAUGGAGUUUACAGGUACAAAUAAGAAUGCGGGAUCAAGUUAUAACCUUACUCCAAAAAAGACUAUAAAAAAAAUUGGAAAAAAAUAUGAGGCUGUGUAUGUGGAUAUGAUUAGAUGA